AUGGCGGCAGUUGGGAUUUUAGUGUCUCCAACUGUAGAAACAGGUCUUUGUGGCAGACCAUGGAAACAUCUCGGAUUUUUGCAAGAUGAGGUUGUCAGCCGGGGUUUACCAACUGAAACGGGCACUAGCAGUUAUCAAGCGCCAGUCUCG